CGUGCUAAAACCGGCUGCUAUUUGCAAAUGUCAACCCUCAAACGAAAGCCUCUGCAUCAUUGCUCUUCAGACAACCCUCCACUUUAAUCUCCACGAGCACAGACACUUUACUGCACAAACAAGAAAAAAAUCCACCAAAAAACAUGAAGAGAAAGAAAUGGUCAGAGCUAGAAGAGCAAACCCUUUUGUCCAAAUACUCCGAUCUCCUUACUUCAGGCACCUUAUCAAAGCUUAAGACCAGAGAGAAAAAGUUUCGUCCAAUAGCAGACCAUGUAAACACCAUGCACCAUCUUCAAGACCCAAUUGGCUACCCUUUUAAAUGGUCGUGGCGUGAUGUAUCUAUAAAAGUUCAAAACAUGAGGCAUCAGUAUUUGGGCGUGAAGCAAAAGAUUAGAAUAUCAAAGGACGAGUUUAAUUGGAAAGAUGGGGAGAAUCAUUGGGAGAAUUUCUUGAAGUAUAAAGAGGUUUUUGGUGAUGUUGAGCUUGAAGUUAAGAGCAAGAAACCAAGUGGUAGCGGUGAUAGUGAUUUGUUCAAGGAUUGUGGGGAUUUGGGGUUUGGGAUUGAUAGUGAGGAUUAUUUAGAGGAAGAUGAUCAGGAAGAGGAAGAUGGAGAAGAAGAAGAGGAUGUUAAUGGUGAUGGUGGUAAUAAUAAUGGUGGUGGCGGUGAGGAAGAUGGUGAAUUUCGGGGAGAGAAAGGAAAUGGGGAGAUGGGUAUUGGUCGGAAGGAGAAAAUGAAGAAGGGUUUGGGAGGAAAUAGGAGGUUGGGUUUGCUUGGUGCACAAGUGAUGGAUUUGAGGGAUGUGGUGUUGAGGAGGGAGGAGAAAAGGAGAGAAAGGGAAUUUAAUGGGGAGAAGAGUGUGUUAGAGAGUGAAAAGAGGAGGAGGGAGUUGGAGAAUCGGAGAGACAUGUGGCGGAGUGAGAAGGAAGAGAGGGUGAAGAAUUGGGAAAUGGAGUUGGAAGAGAGGGAGUUGAUGUGGGCUAGAAGGGAAUUUGAGAGAAGGGAGAGGGUAGAGAGAGAGUUGGAUGACGAGAGGAGAAAGAGGAGACUAAUGGAGGAGAAAAGGGAGGAGGAGGAGAUGGAAUGGAGGGAGAGAAUGUUGGGGAUGCAAAUUGAGCAUGAGAAGGCAAUGAUGCAAAUACAUGCUGACGCAUGCCAGAACCAAAUGCAGAUACUUGGAGUUAUGGCUAGGUUUAUCUGCCAGUUUUUUGGAUCGGCAAAUGAUGGUUUAGGUGGUGGAUUGGGUGGGUUGCCGCCUCAGGUUUUGCAGAAUCUACAACAUCCUGGAGGAUUGGGUGACAGUGGGAAGCCUGAUGCCAAUUCGCCUUCCGAGUUCAUGUAGAGUGAGAUUUUAACCCUCUUCAUCUUAUGUGUCAGUUGAUAAUUGAAUGAUUUGUUACAUAUUGUUGUACAAUAAUAGCAUGACAAUAAUAGAAUACUGUAUCUUUUGGGGCUGUGCUUCUUUUUCCUUGAAUAUUGCUGUUUAUGGAAUGCUAUUCAAACACUUUUUUGAAA